AGGUAAUCGAGAAGAGCAUCGCAGUUUUCGCAGCGAGACAAUCACUUACAACACGAUCAAUAUGAUGACCAAAGUCCUCGUUCUCCUUGGCGUCCUCGUGGCAGCCUGUUCCGCCGGAGUAGUCCCAGCAAUCCCGGCCGCGGUCCCAGCCGCUCUGACAGUCGGAACUUACGCUACGAGUUACAAUGCACACGCCAUCAAUCACGCUAUAGCCGCCCCGUACGUAGCAGCGCCGGCGAUCGCAGCUGCACCUGCAGCACUCGCGACUGCACCGCUCGCCUACUCCGCUUACCCGGCCACCUAUGCGUAUUCCGCCCCGAUCAUCACUGGAAGACGUUGAAAGGGUUCGCGCAUUGCCGAAAAAUCAACCGCACUGACCUCGAAUCGACGAAGAGCGAUCGAUAACGGUCGUUAUCGAUACGCCAACGUUUAUUGUUCUUUUUGUAAAUAUUAUUACCAUUGUAAAUAUACGGCUGCCCGGCCGAUGUGAAGUGCGCUUUACAUCGGCACAAAAUUUAUCCGCAGAUCAAUAUAUCGUCUUUGAACCGUU